UAAAAAGUCGAACACAUGAGCAAGUUGCUUGGCCACUUUGGGUAGAACCUAAUACCCUUUAUAACAAGGAGAAUCAUGUGUGCCAACAGCUAUGCUUCUUUUCGUCGGGGUCUGACAGGCCACCUGUCGUUCGCUAUUGCUGCAGCAGCCUUAGGAUCAGCUUUUCAACAUGGCUACAACACUGGUGUUGUCAAUGCUCCUCGAGAUGUUAUCAUGAAGUUCAUAAAUGCGACGUAUACUGAACGUUUUAAUGAAGAACCUGGAGAGCAAACAGUCACAAUUAUAUUUUCCAUUAUGGUGUCUAUUUUCUGCAUAGGCGGGAUGGUGGGUGCUUUGGGUACUGCAUAUGUUGCUGAAACAUUUGGACGAAAAGGAUCGUUGCUGUUGAAUAAUAUUCUCGUUUUCAUUGCCGCAGGUCUCAUGGUGUUUUCAAAAAUGGCUAAAUCAUAUGAAAUGCUUAUAAUAGGUCGUUUCUUCAUCGGUCUAAACUCAGGUCUAAACGCUGGAUUAGUACCCAUGUAUCUAAUCGAAGUCUCCCCUACUUAUCUGCGAGGGGCUGUGGGAACAAUCUACCAGUUAGUGAUUACAAUUACUAUCUUAAUAUCCCAAAUUGUGGGCCUCCCACAAGUUUUAGGAACGGAAGAACACUGGCCAUAUGUUUUUGGUAUGACACUGAUUCCAGCAAUUUUUAUGUUGGCUACAAUGCCACUAUGCCCAGAAUCUCCUAGGUACAUUUUAAUCUUUCAAGGUAAAGAACUGGCUGCUCAAAAAGCUUUGACUUGGUUCAGGGGAACGAUUGAAGUCCAUGAUGAAAUGGAUGAGAUGCGUUCAGAGUAUGAAGCUACAAAACUUGUACCAAAGGUGACUCUUCAUGAAAUGUGGACUAACCCUGUUUUACGCACUCCUCUGAUCAUCUCAGUAGUAGUUAUGUUAUCUCAGCAGCUUUCUGGUAUUAAUGCUGCAAUCUUCUUCUCCACUAAAAUCUUUGAAAGUGCUGGACUAAACAAAGAAACUGCUUUGUAUGCUACCCUAGGUAUGGGCAGCAUCAACAUCUUGAUGACAAUUGUUUCUUUAGUCUUAGUAGAAAAAGCAGGACGUCGAACCCUACAUUUAGUUGGCCUUGGUGGCAUGGGAAUUAUCACUGUCUUACUUACCCUUUGUAUGGCUUUGAAGACAUUGGUACCAUGGCUGUCAUAUCUGAGUAUUAUCUGGGUGAUUGGAUUUGUUGUAAUGUUUGCUACUGGUCCAGGUUCGAUUCCUUGGUUCCUGGUGACUGAGCUUUUUGGUCAAGGAGCACGUGCUAUAGCCACUAGUAUUGCAGUAGCAGUGAAUUGGAGUGCCAACUUUGUAGUGGGAUUAAGUUUCUUGCCUCUAACAACUGUCAUGGGAGACUACACGUUUCUUAUCUUUACAGUUUUUCUGGCUAUUUUCUGGAUUUUUACUUACAAAAGGGUUCCUGAAACUAAAAACAAAACCAUUGAGGAAAUUACUUCCAUUUUUCGACAGCAAAUCUAUCAAUAAGGUAACUGCUGCAACUGUACUGGUUGGAGUAAGUUAAAGAUCCUGAAAGAUGAAAUUUGGCACAUCUAGGAAUAUUUCCAGUCAUUUCUCUUGAAUUGUAAAGUAAAUCUGAGGAAUACAAUCAAAUUUUUAUGCCACUAA